AUGGCGAGUACAGCUCAGCAGACGGGGCAGCCGUCGAUAUUCGCGGCGGCGGGCCAUGGCAAUGAGGGCGCGUUUCCGGCGUACUCGAUUAUGAACGGUGGAGGUGCCGGUGGUUUUGGUGAUAAUGCAUUUGGUCUUGAGGCCAGCAGCAGCGGUGCUGGAUCGGGCUCGGGUCCUGGAAACGCGAAUGGAAAUGGAAAUGGAAACGGAAAUAGUGGCCCGGGUUCGGGCCAGGGCAUUAGUGGAGUCGGAUCGAGCUCGAUUUUGAGCUCGACGUCGAGCUUUUUCCCUUUGAUUCUAGAGGAUAGUGUUAAUGGACCCGGGUCGGGUGCUCCUGGACCAGGCUCUGUGACCGGUUCGGGCAGUAUAGGAAGUGUGUCAGCAGCUGGUUCGGGUGGUGUUGGUGGUGGAGUUACAGCAUCAGCUGGUUCAGCUGGCGGUGUUUCAUCAUUAUCAGGCCCUCCUCCUGUGGCUCUUCGCAUUCAAAACCUUCCUAGAGACAUCACGGCUCGCGAGUUCCGAGUCCUUUUCACAUUUGCCGACGGAUUUUUGUACAGUGAAUUACAGAAAUCCCAAUCGAUUGCCGAAGAUGGUCUGCCAGCGAAUGUGCUGGGUACUGCAUUUUUCCGGACCUAUGUCAAUGCCAAUAUGGCCCAGGCCACUUUGGAUAUGCGCAAUGAUGUGUUUUCCACUGGUUCUGCUGGUAUUAGUAACAGCAGCAAUAAUCCAGGAUCAGGGUCUGGUUCUGGAACUAAUGGUAAUAGCACUGCUGUCACUUCUCCUACAACCACUUCAUCUUCUUCAUCUCCUACUCUCGCAUACAACAACGUUUCAUUAUUGCCAUUGAAGUGUGAUAUUCGUGGCAGUCGUCAGUCAAUUUCUCAUGAGUCGCUUUCAAGAUUAGCAUCUGUUCAGGGUCCUGGAUCAGGCAAUUCGGGUGCUCCUGGCAGUGCUACAAAGACAAGUGGUAGUAGAUUUGCAUUUGCAAAUGCUACUGCUAAUUUGCCCAGUGCUGCUACUCUUGAAAUGCCUCCUCCUCCAUUCGCCGAUUACUAUAAUGACAAUUCUAAUUCAGGAGGUCCUGGUGCAGGUGCAUCUGGUUUGUUUUCACCCACGUCGCCUCGAUCUCUGUUUCCCAUUUCUCAACCUGGUCAGGGUCCUUCUGGCCAGCAACAACAGCAGCAGCAGCAACAAGCACAUCAGCAUCAUCAACAUCAUUCAGGAAGUGCGCCUGAAACUCCCGGUGGUAAAGGCAUGGAUCCUAUUGGACUGUCUAGUUUGCCUUCUUUGACCAGUUUGGGUGGUUUGACAAAUGGUUUGAGCGGUUUAUCAAAUGGUAUUCCUAAUGGUUUACCAAAUGGUUUGCCCAAUGGUAUGCCUAAUGGAUUGCCAAAUGGCAUGCCAAAUGGUUUGGCUAGUGGUUUACCUAAUGGCUUGCCAAAUGGUUUGCCUGGUACGUUGCCUAAUGGACUGUCGAAUACUAUUGGUUCGAUUAAUGGCCGAGCUUCUGGUCGAUCGUUGUUGCUCGAAUCACAAGGAAGAGAAGAUGAAGAGUUCAACUCGAUUGUUCAAGAUCCCAGUCGGUUCUUUGUGCAACAACCUUCUUCUUUCUUAGGGUUCUCUAAUGUUCCUGGUAAUAAACUUGUUGGUCCACAACCCCAACAACAACAGCAGCCACAAUCGACAUCUGGCCAACAGAAUCAACAACAGUCUCAACAACAACCUCAGUCUCAGUCCCAGCAGCAGCAACAGCAACAACAGCAUCAACAACAGCAGUCACAACAACAGCAACAGCAGCAGCAGCAGGGUCAACAGACACAAGGUCAACAGGCAAACUCUGGUCCCAUCCAAGGCCAACAACCAUCAUCAACAUCGCCUUCUUCUUUAUUGCAUAACCAGAAGCAGUCUGCACCUGCUCCUAUUGGAACGGGUGCUAAUGGAGGUUCUCAGGUAUCACCUCCUUUAAUGCAUCAGCAUUCUUUCGAAGGACGAGGAAUCAUUCCCCCUAUUUCAAACGGGGCUAAUAAACAGGUACAACAGUCACAGGUACAGCAGUCGCAACCUCAACAACAACAGACUCAACAGCAACAACAACAACAGCAGCAACAACAGCAGCAACCACAACAACAAACAUCAGCACAAAUUCCACCUCCACAACAGCCUCAACCCACUCCUCAAUGGCCUGAUAAGAGAAGAACUUCUGCUAUAGCCACACCCAGUACCAGCAGCCAGCAAACAUCGGCAUCUCUUGCCACUGCUGGAGCUAAUGGACCAGUGAGCGCUGCCAGACAGUUCCAAAGUCUUUCUAUCAGUGGACCUUCUGGUGGACCAGGAAAUGCUGCUGGUAAUUCCAGUGGUAAUGCCCCAUCUGUUGUUAAUGUUAAUGGCACUGUUGGAAUUCCUGUAUCAACAGGAAGUACCAACGAUCCAAGUAAAGUCGUUGUAGCAUACUCACCCACCAAUAACUCGCAAGCUAUUCAGAUCAUGCAAAGUGGUGGACGAGUUUUGCCUCCAGCCAAUCCUGCUGACCAGAACCCUCCUUGCAAUACUUUAUACGUUGGAAACCUUCCUCCUGACACCAGUGAAGAAGAGCUCAAGGAGCUGUUUUCGAGUCGUCGCGGUUAUAAACGACUAUGUUUCCGUACAAAGGCAAAUGGACCAAUGUGUUUUGUCGAGUUUGAGGACGUAAACUACGCUACUCGUGCACUCGAAGAGCUGUAUGGAUUCGGACUUUCAAACAGUGUUAAAGGAGGAAUCCGUCUGUCGUUCUCUAAGAACCCAUUGGGUGUAAGAGGAUCCAACAGUGGCAGUUCUUCCAACGGCGGUCCACCAGGAAACAACUCGAAUAACAGUAACAGAAUGGCUCCAGGACUUAACGGACAAAAGAACGCCAACGGAUAUAGCAAUGGUGGCCGCUAUAAUAAUGGACUUGGCGGAUAUUAA